CACAGAAAGAGCGGUCUGUUUUGGGUGGAGUGGCUGAUGGCUCGGGGAGGUGCCUUUAAGGCAGAGUGCAGUGAAACAAGGAAACAACUAAGGACAGGUUUUAUUAUCCUGAACCGUGCUGUCAUUAGAGAGAGCUGCCAGGUUAUGUGUUAUCAGCAGGUCAGAGCUGGGAAGCCGGGACUGGACGCGAUUAUAUUUAAAGAGGCUGGUGUUGGAGAGCACACUGACAAAGGGGCAGGCACUACAACAUGCAGACCGCUGUGCCCUGUCUCCUCAGCCUGGUCCUCCUCUCCUGGGGGUCCUGUGCCCUGGAUCCCACCUACCUCCCCAGCAACCACAGCAUUGACCUACCUGGGGCAAGGGCAUUUGUGAGCGAGUACAACGAGACGGCAGAAGUCAUCCUUUACAAGAGUGUUUUAGCAAGCUGGAAUUACAACACCAACCUGACUGGAUACAACCAGGAGAAACAGAUCAAUGCUUCCUUGGAAGAGCAGGAAUUUGUGGAAGCUUGGGCCAAGAAAGCAAAGGAAUUUUACAAAAUCAUAGACACGUUCAAUGAUACAAGCUUGACGAAAAUCAUCGAGAGCAUUGGUGUCUUGGGACCUGCGAAUCUCCAACCUGAUGAAAGAAAGAAGUACAACACCAUCCUGAGUGAAAUGGACAACAUUUAUUCCACUGCUAAGGUGUGCCCACCAAAUCAACAGAAAAACUGCUGGUCUCUCGAACCUGAUCUCGUGAAUCUAUUGGCAACAUCUCGGAGUUACAAAAAGCUGCUGUAUGCAUGGGAGGGUUGGCACAAUUCUGCAGGAAAUCCGCUAAGAGACAAGUACACAGAAUUUGUGAAAAUGAGUAACAAAGCUUCACGACUGGAUGGUUUUAGUGACACAGGAGCAUACUGGAGAUCGUGGUAUGAGUCACCAACAUUUGAAGAGGAUCUUGAGAAGAUCUAUGACCAACUCAAACCACUUUACAAUAACCUUCAUGCCUUUGUGAGGAGGAAGUUAUAUCAGAUAUACGGACCCAAAUACAUCAAUCUGAAAGGACCGAUACCUGCACAUCUAUUGGGUAACAUGUGGGCCCAGCGAUGGAACAACAUCUACGACUUGAUGAUCCCAUUCCCCAACAAAGGCAACAUAGAUGUCACUGAUGCAAUGGUUAAGAAGAACUGGAAUGCCACUCACAUGUUCAAAGUCUCAGAGGAGUUCUUCACUUCCCUUGGACUCAUCAAGAUGCCACCGGAAUUCUGGGAUUAUUCAAUGCUGGAGAAACCUGAUGAUGGGAGAGAGGUUGUCUGUCAUGCAUCAGCAUGGGACUUCUACAACCGCAAGGAUUUCAGAAUCAAACAGUGCACGACCGUGACUAUGGAACAGCUCUUCACUGUACAUCACGAAAUGGGCCAUGUGGAAUAUUACCUUCAGUACAAAGAUCAACCAGUCAGCUUCAGGAGUGGGGCCAAUCCCGGUUUCCAUGAAGCAGUGGGAGAUGUAUUAGCCCUCUCUGUAUCCACACCCAAGCACUUGAAAGAAAUCGGACUCCUGGAAAACGCUGUGGAUGACUACGAAGCCGACAUUAACUACCUCUUCAAAAUGGCCUUGGAAAAAAUCUCCUUCCUCCCAUUCGGAUAUCUGAUUGAUCAAUGGCGUUGGGGCGUGUUCAGUGGGCGGAUUUCACCAGCAAAUUAUAACUUUGAAUGGUGGUACCUGAGGACAAAGUACCAAGGAAUCUGCUCACCAGUUCCAAGAAAUGAGAGUAACUUUGACCCUGGUGCCAAGUACCACAUCCCUGCAAACACACCUUACAUCAGGUACUUUGUGAGUUUUAUCCUGCAGUUUCAGUUCCACAAAGCUCUCUGCUAUGCUUCAGGCCACACAGGACCCCUACAUAAAUGUGACAUCUACAGGUCCAAGGAAGCUGGCAAAAUUCUCAGUCAAGCGCUGAGUGCUGGUUCCUCGAAACCUUGGCAGGAAAUCCUUCAGCAGGUGACAGGCAUCAAUAAGAUGGAUGCAGGUGCUUUGCUUGAGUAUUUCCAACCCAUCACUAAGUGGCUUCAGGAAAAGAACAUUGAAACCAAGGAAGAACUGGGUUGGUCUGAAUUUGCCUGGACCCCUCCAAUCCCUGAAGGAUACCCAAGUGGCAUUGACAAAAUCACUGAUGAAAAGAAAGCACAGGAAUUUGUCACCAAUUACGACAAGGUCACAGAGAAAGUAUGGUAUGACUACACAGAGGCCUCCUGGACAUACAAUACCAACAUCACAGAACAUAACAACAAAGUCAUGCUGGAAAAAAGCCUUGAGAUGUCCAACCACUCACUGUUAUACGGUAUCGACGCUCGGAAAUUUGACUACACAGAUUUCCAAAACCCAGAACUCAAACGUAUUCUGAAGACACUGAGUGAUAUUGAACGUGCAGCUCUACCUGAAGAGGAAGUGAAGGAGUACAACAAUGUCUUGUCUGAAAUGGAAACAACCUACAGUGUUGCAAAGGUAUGUCGUACCAAAGGGACUUGUCACCCUCUCGAUCCUGAUCUAACCGAGAUCAUGGCAACUUCAAACGACUACAACGAGCUGCUGUUUGCUUGGAAAGGCUGGAGAGACGCCUCGGGAAAGAAAAUGAGGACCAACUUCAAGAGAUAUGUGGAGUUGAGCAACAAAGCAGCAAAACUGAAUGGUCACGCUGAUACAGGAGCUUUCUGGAGAUCCCUUUAUGAUUCCAAAACUUUUGAAGCAGAUUUGGAGAAUAUUUACAAUGAAUUGAAGCCCUUAUACCUGAACCUGCACGCAUAUGUCAGGAGGGCAUUAUACAAGAAAUAUGGAGACAAAUAUGUCAACCUCAAGGGUCCAAUCCCAGCCCAUCUCUUGGGGAAUAUGUGGGCCCAAUCAUGGAACAAUGUCUUCAAACUGCUGAUCCCUUACCCCAGUGCCAGCCACGUUGAUGCCACGCCUCAAAUGAUUGCCCAGGGAUGGACACCCAUUAAAAUGUUUAACGAAUCAGACCAAUUCUUCACAUCACUUGGCCUCAUUCCGAUGCCAAAGGAAUUCUGGGAGAAGUCGAUGCUGGUGAAACCAACUGACCGGGAGGUUGUCUGCCAUGCAUCAGCCUGGGACUUCUUCAACAAGAAAGAUUUCAGGAUUAAACAGUGCACCGUGGUGAACAUGGAAGACCUGAUAACAGUGCACCAUGAAAUGGGCCACGUUCAAUACUUCCUUCAGUACAAAGACCAGCAUAUCUCAUUCCGAGAUGGGGCCAACCCUGGGUUUCAUGAGGCCAUUGGUGAUGUGAUGGCUCUGUCGGUAUCCACUCCCAAACAUCUCCACAGCAUCGGGCUCCUUGACAAAGUGGAAAACAACACAGAGAGUGACAUUAACUACCUGAUGAGCAUAGCCUUGGACAAGAUCGCAUUCCUUCCAUUUAGCUACCUCAUGGACCAAUGGCGAUGGAAGGUGUUCGAUGGGCGGAUCCCAGAAGAUGUUUACAACCAGGAAUGGUGGAAUCUCAGAUUAAAAUAUCAGGGAGUCUGUCCUCCUGUUGCUCGAUCAGAGGAAGAUUUUGAUCCUGGUGCAAAAUUCCACAUUCCUUCGAGUGUACCUUAUGUCAGGUAUUUUGUGAGCUUCAUCAUCCAGUUCCAGUUUCACGAGAGCCUUUGUAAAGCAGCUGGUGAAACAGAACCUCUGUACAAAUGUGAUAUCUACAAGUCACAAGCUGCAGGAAAACUCAUCGGGGAUGCCAUGAAACUGGGGAGUAGCAAGCCGUGGCCUGAAGCAAUGAAGAUGAUCACAGGGAACUCCAGAAUGUCUGCUUCUUCCCUCCUCAAAUACUUCCAGCCGCUGACAGAAUGGCUCACUGAAGAGAAUAAGAAGCAACAGGAGACCCUCGGGUGGCCCGAUUAUGACUGGACUCCAGCUCUUUCUUCAGUGGAACCUCCAGCGCCGACUACUCCAGCCCCCACUGUUGAGGGAAAUCCAGUGCCUGUUCCAAAAAGCAAAGUGGAUUUUCUGGGGUUACGUUUAUCUCCAGAGCAGGCUAAAGCAGGCCAGUGGAUCCUGCUAGUACUGGCCCUGAUCCUGGCUAUAGCAGUCAUUGCCCUCACCGUGAAAACAUUUUUAAGAAAUAAACAGCACAAAUCAACAUCUGAACUUGAACUGAAAUAAAAAACGAAUCUCAUCAGGUCAGAGUUCUUUCACUAUGCAAAAACAAAACAAUAAUUCAACACUCAAUUUAUAUUUGUAAAUCUGCUGUAAGAAUGUUUAAUUAAUCUCUUGGGUUGGGUAGUCCUAAUACUUCGAACACUUCAGUGAUGACUAGACAUUUGAUGCAGGGACGUGAAAUAAUAUAUUAAAGCGUUCGCUUGUGUAAUUUGCUGUAACUUUUGAAUGUGAAAAUAAUGUAAAUUCGAUCAGUAUCAGGUUAUAUUGUUGAGAUUCCAAGACAGCAAACUACUGUUCCAUAGUAUCCUUCUUCUCUGGAUGUUGUUGCAAUCCUGAGCCCAGCUGCUUUUAAAAAAAGCGACCAUAUCUAACGGCAGUAGAAAUGCGACCAUAUCUGACUGCAGUGAAAAUGCGACCAUAUCUAACUGCGGUGAAAAUGCGACCAUAUCUAACUGCAAUGCAAAUGCGACUGUAUCUGACUGCAUUGAAAAUGCAACAAUAUCUGAUUGCAGUGAAAAUGCGAUUAUAUCUGACUGCAGUGAAAAUGUGACCAUAUCUAACUGCAGUGAAAAUGCGACCAUAUAUGACUGCAGUGGAAAUGUGAGCAUAUCUAACUGCAGUGAAAAUGCGACCAUAUAUGACUGCAGUGGAAAUGUGAGCAUAUCUGAUUGCAGUGAAAAUGCGACCAUAUAUAACUGCAGUGAAAAUGCGACCACAUCUGAUCGCAGUGAAAAUGCGACCAUAUCUAACUACAAUGAAAGUACGACCAUAUCUAACUGCAGUGAAAAUGCGAUCAUAUCUAACUGCAGUGAAAAUGCGACCAUAUCUAAUUGCAGUGAAAAUGCGAUCAUAUCUGACUGCAGUGAAAAUGCAACCAUAUAUAACUGCAGUGAAAAUGCGACCAUAUCUAAUGCAGUGAAAAUGCGAUCAUAUCUGACUGCAGUGAAAAUGCGACCAUAUCUAACUGCAGUGAAAAUGUGACCAUAUCUGACUGCAGUGGAAAUGUGACCACAUCUGAUUGCAGUGAAAAUGUGACCAUAUCUGACUGCAGUGGAAAUGUGACCACAUCUGAUUGCAGUGAAAAUGCAACCAUAUCUGACUGCAGUGGGAAGGUGAUUAUAUAUAACUGCAGUGAAAAUGCGACAACAUUUAACUGCAGUGAAAAUGCGACCAUAUCUGAUUGCAGUGAAAAUGCAACUAUAUCUAACUGCAGUGAAAAUGCGACCAUAUCUGACUGCAGUGGGAAGGUGAUUAUAUAUAACUGCAGUGAAAAUGCGACCGUAUCUGACUGCAAUGGGAAGGUGAUUAUAUAUAACUGCAGUGAAAAUGCGACAACAUUUAACUGCAGUGAAAAUGCGACCAUAUCUGAUUGCAACGGGAAGGUGAUUAUAUAUAACUGCAGUGAAAAUACGACCGUAUCUGACUGCAAUGGGAAGGUGAUUAUAUAUAACUGCAGUGAAAAUGCGACAACAUUUAACUGCAGUGAAAAUGCGACCAUAUCUGAUUGCAGUGAAAAUGCGACCAUAUCUGAUUGCAGUGAAAAUGCAACUAUAUCUAACUGCAGUGAAAAUGCGACCAUAUCUGACUACAAUGGGAAGGUGAUUAUAUACAACUGCAAUGAAAAUGCGACAAUAUCUAACUGCAGUGAAAAUGCGACCAUAUCUGACUGCAGUGAAAAUGCGACCAUAUCUGACUGCAUUGAAAAUGUGACUAUAUCUGAUUGCAGUGAAAAUGCGACCAUAUCUAACUGCAGUGAAAAUGCGACCAUAUCUAAUUGCAGUGAAAAUGCGAUCAUAUCUGACUGCAGUGAAAAUGCAACCAUAUCUGACUGCAAUGGGAAGGUGAUUAUAUAUAACUGCAGUGAAAAUGUGACCAUAUCUGACUGCAACGGGAAGGUGAUUAUAUAUAACUGCAGUGAAAAUGCGACCGUAUCUGACUGCAAUGGAAAGGUGAUUAUAUAUAACUGCAGUGAAAAUGUGACAACAUUUAACUGCAGUGAAAAUGCGACCAUAUCUGAUUGCAGUGAAAAUGCGACCAUAUCUGAUUGCAGUGAAAAUGCAACUAUAUCUAACUGCAGUGAAAAUGCGACCAUAUCUGACUGCAACGGGAAGGUGAUUAUAUAUAACUGCAGUGAAAAUGCGACAACAUUUAACUGCAGUGAAAAUGCGACCAUAUCUGAUUGCAGUGAAAAUGCAACUAUAUCUAACUGCAGUGAAAAUGCGACCAUAUCUGACUGCAGUGGGAAGGUGAUUAUAUAUAACUGCAGUGAAAAUGCGACCGUAUCUGACUGCAAUGGGAAGGUGAUUAUAUAUAACAGCAGUGAAAAUGCGACCAUAUCUAAUUGCAGUGAAAAUGCGAUCAUAUCUGACUGCAGUGAAAAUGCAACCAUAUAUAACUGCAGUGAAAAUGCGACCAUAUCUAAUGCAGUGAAAAUGCGAUCAUAUCUGACUGCAGUGAAAAUGCGACCAUAUCUAACUGCAGUGAAAAUGUGACCAUAUCUGACUGCAGUGGAAA